GUAUCUGGUCGCUAGUCCAAGAAUUGCCACCCGCAGAUAAAGACGUCCACUCGCGUUGAACUGGAAAAACGUUCUCACUCCGCCCGGUGCCGUGCCAUUAUUGUCAGUGGGGGUAAAUGGGUCGAUUGUGGUGAAAAUUGCACGGCUUGGAUGAAAUGUGAAACUGAGUUAGAAUCAACAAAAUGAACCGCAAUAUUGUGGCGGUACGGAUGAUUGGGAGUGUCCGUUUUUCCUGUGAUCUUGUAAACAUUUAUGGCUCGUGCUUGAGAACAAAAAGUGUUGAUAAAUAAAUAACUAUAUCCGAUUCGCGCUAUUCGUUGGUCGUUGGCGGCAGGUGUUUUAGCCAUUAGCUAAAGGAAGAAGGAAUCAUGUGUGGGCCAGUCGGGCACGGCUCUAACUAAGUAAAAUAUUCGAAUAGAAUUCAAAUGAGAGGUGACUUUCGAUUGGGAAUAUACUAAGAAUAGCAUGGAGCGACUUACUUUAGCAAUAACGAAGAUACGGACUUGUGAUUUCUUAUCAGUUGCGUUCAGCUUAGUCACUGUACUUUGGUGUGUGAUAAAUGUCGCUGGUGAAGCUGAUACUAAACUUAGUGGGCAGCUGCCUUGUGAGUUCCGUGACUCAGUCAACAUAAGCAGUGGCACGCGCAACGCCUUGGGAAACAUCGUUCAUAAUGAUAUCGUUUAUACGUCUCAGAAUUUUGCACUCAUAAAUUAUGAUUAUGUUGAGCAUGACGUCAGAGUGAGUGUUUCGAGUUACUACCGAGGAUGUAUAUGCCAAGUGAGCAAGUGUGUUCGAUUGUGCUGCCCGAUUGGGCAAUGGUAUCUUCGUGUCGGGGAAACCACCAACUGUGUGGACAAAAGCGAUGACUUCCCAGUUAUUCUGCUGACAAAUGUGACGACAAUAACAAACGAAAUCCGGCUGGGGAAUAUAUUCGAGGAGAAAGCCUAUGGCUUUCUUCCUCAAAAACCAUGCCCGGAGCUCUUGAUUGAGGAUAUCGAACAGUGGGCCUUGGAUGAUAGUGGUUCGAUAAUUCUGCGUGAAAUGGUGAUACCCCAGGAGGAGUAUUGCUUAGCAGUGCAGGAUGACACCGGCGUUGCCGCAGCAUAUUUCUGCCCAUUGGUGGACCAGGCGAGCAUCACGCACUCUAUUGGUCUCAUACUGUCUAUUCCAUUCUUAAUAGCUACCCUCUUGAUUUACGCAUGUAUCCCCGAACUCCGGAACAUCCACGGGAAAUCGCUGAUAUGUUAUAUAUUCGCGCUCACCAACUCGUUCGUCGUCUUGCUUAUAAUGCACUUCCGGAGCAACAUCAUCCCCUGUGAAGCCCAAGGAUAUAUGCUUUACUUUUUCGUACUGGUAGCGUUUUUCUGGUUGAACGUGAUGUGUUUCGAUAUCUUCUGGACUUUCAGCAGUGGGGUGGUGAUCAAAAAUGAACGCAAACGAUUCCUGUACUACUCGCUGUAUGCCUGGGGCUGCCCGUUGAUUGCGGUAGUGCUGGUGGCAGUGUUCGAAAAUACCGAACUGAUUGUGGAACAUUUGAGGCCCGGAUUCGGAAUAAACAACUGUUGGUUCUACACGGACAAAAUGGUACAGUUCUUGUAUCUGUAUCUACCCUUGUUAGUGCUGAUUGCGGCGAAUUUGUACUUCUUUAUUGUCACUGCUGUUCGCAUUAUCCGGGUGCAGAGAGCUACUGAGGCCGCAUUGAAAAAUGACUCUGGACGCCACAAUCGGUUCGAGCAUGAUCGUUAUCGGUACACGCUGUAUUUGCGGCUGUUUAUCGUGAUGGGUGUCACCUGGACGUUCGAGAUUCUAUCAUGGGCCAUGGAAAACAGCAUCUGGAUAUUUUACGUUGUCGACGUAUGCAACUGUCUGCUGGGGGUGAUGAUUUUCUUUCUGUUCGUUUGGAAGCAGAAGGUUCGAAAGCUUGUUGCGAAAAGGAUAGGACGUCUUCGCGGCUUUCAUCGAACAAAGGCCACAUCCGUUAAUACUGGAUCGACCAUGAGCCACACGAGAUACACUAGUGCACCGGAUACUAGCGUUCCGUUGAACUCGCUUUCUGCUUGAGGCAAAAUUGGAUCAAAUUCUUCGUCUUGCGGCUUUUAAGGACAACUAAAAUCCGUAACAGGAUCAGUUCUCGAUGUUAACAAAUGGUUGCUCAGCAGCCAAUUUAGAUGCACAAGAACCAAUGCCUCGCUUUCGAAAUAACAAAGCGAGUUAAUGAUAAUCGCCCAAGAAUGUCGGAAUAGAGUGGUCCAAUUUUGAUUCCAUCGCUACCUUCAAUGUAUUGGCAUGUUAUAUGCGACAACUUGCAUGACAGUUCUACGCUUACCGUUAUACGCUUUUACACAGUUUAUUCAUUUCACAAAUUAUCGAUGAGUUCUUCACCGAAUAUUCAAAACCUGACUUAAUUGAUAAUCAUUUUACAGAUUUUAUUUGGAUUUUUGUAACGAUCAACUGUAAUGAAUCACAUACAAUCUGUGAACAGAUUACCAAAUAGUUCUGCUGUUGAAAAAUCUGAAAAAUUUCACCGAAAUCAAAGAAUUACUUAAAGUGUGUAUCUUUGUAUUGAUUAAAGUUCAUAUGGCGAUAUAUAAGUCAUGUAUCUCGGAUCCUAGUCCGUAUGAUACCUGUUAAUUUUAUUUAUAGAUAUUAAUGACACUCUGAUUAUUAUCAAAAAUUAUAGUUUCGAUAUCAGAGGCGAAAACGAAAGUAUCUAAUAUAGUAUUUAAACACAUAUUUCACUAUUUGAUUAUCUUUUCAUUUACUGUUUAACACUCAACAGACUACAGUUUCAUGAUUAUAUAUCGAAACCUUUAUACUUCUUGAUAAACUUACCUAAUGAAAUCGAAAUUACAAAGUAAGCCACAUCAAUCUUAAAGAUUCAU